CGCACCCACAGGGUGUGCGCGCGCGCGUCAUCACAAGCACAGGACUGCAUUUUGCUGUCAAGCAGGGAGCCAUUUUAAGUUGUGCCUUCGAGAUGACCCAAAUGAUGCUGGAUGAGGAAUGCACAAUGUCAAGCAACCAGUGGCCCUUAUCCAGGAUCCAGGAUUUCUGCAGCAUUGAUAAAGAGUCACCCUACUACCUAGACCUUGUAUCAAAGCAAGUGGAGAAAUGCAGGGGGCAGACUGUGCCUCUGGAGAAGCCAGCAGGGUAUCAAAUAAGAAUUGGGGGGCUAGGUGACACAAUCUAUGAAGAAAUGGAGGAUGAGCUUGAGGCAUGGGAAGAUUUCUACCUUCCUGAAAGAGUAGAGAUGAGAGUUUUCGGUGCCAUUGAUAUGUUCCCGAGUCUAGCGUUGGGACUGCAGCUGAUCAUUCUGGCAGGCAAAGAUGGCAACAUCUAUGCUUAUGAAAAUGAGGUGUUGCACCAAGUGGCUGACAGCUUGCCGGACCUCUUCCAAAAGGGAAUUGAGUUUCCUGGAACCAAAGUCUACAACUAUGGGGAAUGUUUUGCUCCUAUGACAGAAGAAGAAUAUGAUGAAUUAAUGGAGGAUGAAGAAGUAAAGAAUAUUAAAGGGGAGACCAGGGAAUUCAUCAAAAGCAACGAAGCCAAAUUUCUGAGCAUACUGGCCCGCAUUGAAGAAAAAGAGAAUGCAGAAAAGGUUGCUUCCAAUAAAGUCCUGCCUUCUAACCAUAUCCGCCCCAAGCAUGUUGUUGAUCAAAUGCUGAAGCAUGCAGAUAUAUUGGUCAUAUUUAAUUUAAAUGAUGCCUAUUGUAAGACAUUCUACAAGUUCUACCAGCUACUACAGCAUGAAAAGUGGGAAAGUAAUGGGAAUUGGAGAAGAUGUCUGCUCCGCUUCAGGCAUUUUCUACGUGAGCAUAAACUCUUUGAUUACAUUAAUUUUUUUACCAAUGAAGUCCAUGUCUUUGCUCCUGAAAAGGGAACUGUCCCACAACUGCAAUGGCACCCAAACAGUUACAUGUUAACUGACAAUGCAAGAUGACAUUUUUGAAGAGAGCUCAAUAAAUAUCAAAGGGCUUGC